AUGGCGUUUAUUCAAACAACUGGUUAUGAUAUUCGAGCUACCGGCACUACAGUAAAUAUCCCUGACGACGACAUCGCUCGCUGUAUGUACUAUCUGUCGUGUGUGUGCAAUGUCAUCAAAUGUGAUGAAGAUGAAAUAAAACGCUAUUGUGAUUACCGCAACUAUUGGCGUCUAUCUGAUGAAGAAGACCGACUCGUGUUUGUUCUAUGUGCCCGUUUAGAACCUGAAUUAUUCGAUGACAAAUGCAUGUUUCAAAGUGACGCUAUGUGUGGUAAUAGUGCCAAUGAAUUUUAUGAAAUUGGACAAGUUCGAAAUCGAGUUCUCGCUGUUCAAUCCAUAGUAAUUGCCGGUCGGACACGAGAAGUAAACAAAAUUAUGACGUACAAACGAUCGUGGAUGCAAAAAUACUAUUAUGAGCCAAUGUUGCGCUUGGCACGACGAUUCAGUCAACCACAGCGUCAUACUGUGGCAAUUGAUGCUUCAGAUUGUAUUAUUGCGUGA